AUGUUUCUCUGCUUGUACAAACCGGAUCUAAUUUUUAUUACUGAAACUUGGUUAAGCACUAAAAAUUUGGACUCUGAGCUCGUUAGCAACCUGCCCUAUAAUGUCUACCGUUCGGAUCGAUCCAUGAGAAGUGGAGGUGGGGUGUGCGUUCUUGUCAAGGCAUUUAUUAGUGCCCAAAUCGUUUUUCUUGACAACGAUCUUAAGGCUGACUUACUCUCCACUGAAAUUUUGUUUGCUGAUAAUUUGUCGCAACUUCGUUUUAUGCUCGUAUGUCGACCUCCAAAUAGUUCUGCUGCUAAUGAUAAAAAACUUGUAGACGUACUUAGCGAUUUUGCGGAUAUGAAUCAUCAAACUGUUAUUCUUGGCGACUUCAAUCUGCAUGUAGACUGGAUUAACUCCAUAGCUUUCAACUCAUCUUCAUCACUUUUCUUGGAUUUCUUCACCAGUGCUGGUUUCGUACAAAAUGUGAAUCUGCCUACCCACGCUGAUAGGGUUCUUGACAUUCUCCUUACACCCAGCACCUACACUCUAGAUGUUGAGCUUCUUCCACCGCUAGCCUCAUUCGACCAUGCAAUUGUUUCGAAACACCUGUUUCUAUGUCAGCUCCAAGAAUUCUGA